AUGCCGCCCUCCGAGAAGCAGCCCUUUUACGAUCCCAUACCGCCGACAUACGAUCAGGCCUUGGCGGGUAGCAGUCGCCACGGCCAGACUUGGCCACCCCCUCGAACCCACAACGAAGACGAUGUAUUAGAACAAACCGAAGCGCAGGGGCUGCUGCAUCGCUCGAAUGGAGCUGGAAGCUCAUCUCGGCAUCCUAAUGGCUACCACCCGCCGACAGUCGAGUCCGAUGAUUCCGAUAUUGCGAGCCUGCUCGAGAGCGACACCGAUGAUGAGGAAGCCGCCCAAGUGAGGCGGGAGGUGGAGGAGAUGGAGAUUGAAGAGCCCACAUCCUCGCGAGGACUCUCAUGGGGAAAAAGAAUAGGAUUCUCUCUACCGCGAUGGAAAUGGUCCUGGCGACCGAGGCUACCCCGGAUAUCAUUACCAAGGAUGCGAAUUCAAUUACCGUCUCGGCCAGAGGACGACGGCGAAGAAACCAGAGCAACAGAGGAGAGCCGGAACAAUGACGAAGACUCGGAAUCAAACCCACCUCCCCGUCGGAGCUGGGCCUUCCCCGGUGUCAACGGCAUGGUGGUACUGCUCAUCUUUGCUCGAGUGCUGGCCGUCACAAUUAUAUUCGGCUUCCUCUAUCUCGUUUUCGCGACCGAUUUCUUUAGUAGUUUUGGCGGCCGUAUGAAUGGAGGCUUUCGAUUCCGCGCAGAAGAUCUACGUGUCCACAUUCUUGGGAGCGUGGAACCCAGAAGACUGCGUGCCUCCGUGCUGCACUUUUCAAAGUAUGCGCAUAUUGCUGGUACGGAAGGUGACUACGCCACGGCCAUGGACGUCAAGAGCAUGUUCAUUAAGGCGGGACUUGACCAAGUCUCCGUGGACGAAUACGAGGUUUACAUCAACUACCCACGCAAGGACGGACGAUCCGUGCAGAUUGUGGAAGGAGACACUGUCAUCUGGACGGCUCAGUUGGACGAGAUUGAACGAGGACAAGAGAUGUCGGGCCACCAGCCAUACGCAUUCCACGGCCAUUCGAAGUCUGGCGAUGUCAAGGGCCCCUUGAUUUAUGCCAACUAUGGGUCUCGAGAAGAUUUCAAGAAGCUCAAGGACAAGGGAAUUGACACUGAGGGAGCUAUCGCCCUGGUGCGAUACUAUGGCACACAGACUGAUCGCGCGUUGAAAGUCAAGGCAGCGGAGCUUGCUGGUUUUGCAGGCUGCCUUAUUUACAGUGACCCGGCUGACGAUGGAUUUGUGAAGGGCGAGGUAGCCCCAAAGGGCCGUUUCAUGCCUCCGGACGGUGUCCAGAGAGGCGCAGUCAGUCUAAUGAGUUGGGCUGUCGGGGACGUACUCACCCCAGGUUGGCCAAGUAUCAAGGGCAAGCCGAGAAUAAAGCCCAAGGAUGCCCCUGCGCUGGUGAAAAUCCCUAGUCUUCCUCUUGCAUGGCGAGAUGCGCAGGUUUUGCUCCAGAAUCUUAAGGGACACGGUGAGCGAGUGCCUGAGGAAUGGAAGGGUGGCGUGCCCGAGGUCGACGAAUGGUGGACUGGAGAUGCAAAGUCUCCUGUUGUCCGUCUUCGCAACGAGCAGGAUGAAAACACCAAGCAGCCCAUUUGGAAUGUCUAUGGACAGAUUGUCGGUAUGGAGCAGUCUGCCAAGUCUAUCAUUAUUGGGAACCAUCGCGAUGCUUGGUCCUUUGGUGCAGCAGAUCCACACUCUGGUACUGCUGUCAUGAUUGAGAUGGCUCGAAUUUUUGGAGACCUCGUUGCUCGAGGCUGGAGGCCGCUGAGAACUAUCCAGUUCAUGUCAUGGGAUGCCGAGGAGUACAACCUUAUCGGUUCUACCGAAUUCGUCGAAAACAAUCUCGAAACUCUACGUAACGACGCAUAUGCCUAUAUUAACCUGGACACUGCCGUUGCAGGUGACGACUUCCACGCCUCUGGCUCUCCCGUUUUCGAACAAACUCUUCUACGAGCCCUCAACCGUAUUGCAGACCCCAAACGGAACCAUACCUUGAGAGAGCUCUGGAAUGAUAGGCACGGAGAACUCGAGGGACUUGGCGCGGGAAGUGAUUACGUUGCCUUUCAGGAUAUUGCUGGCACUAGCUCUUUGGAUCUCGAAUUUCGUGGUGAAAAGUUUCCCUAUCACUCAUCUUACGACAACUUCGAGCUUGUCGAAAAGGUGAUUGACCCCGACUUUGUCUACCAUGGUCUGAUGGCUCAAGUUGUUGGUCUCAUUAUUCUUGAUGUCGCCGAUCGGUUGAUUCUUCCCUUCGACCUAGUUGCAUACGGCCGCAAACUUGGCACGUGGGUUGACAAUCUGGAAAAAUGGGCGUCAGCGAAAAUCGAUGAGGGUGUAUCUCUACCUUUCCAAGAGCUCAGGGAUGCUGCUAGCCUUGUCGUCACAAAAGCUGGCGAGUUCUCCAAGUGGGAACAGCGGUGGGAGGAAUUGACAGCACGAAAUGGAGGCUGGGAAACAAGCGAAAUCGGAGGGGCUCGAAUAGGCUACAACAACCGGAUGGGUACCUUCGAUACGCUCCUCCUGGACACUGAACAAGGCGGUGGUAUACCAAAUCGCAACCAAUUCAAGCAUGUAGUCUUCGGGCCCCAACUAUGGUCCGGCUACGAUGAGGCCUUCUUCCCAGCCAUCCGCGAUAUGGUGGACGACAAGAACUGGGGCGAGGCAGAGCGCUAUAUCCAGAAGACGGCAGAGCUCAUUCGAAAUGCAGCAGAGUCCUUAACGACAUAA